AUGUGGCAGUCGCUGUACUUGCUGGCGCUGCCAGUGAUGUCACUUCUGCUGAUCUUCUCUCCUGCCGGUCGGAGCUCCGAGGACCUCUCGCUCACCCCGGGGUGUCACCUCUAUCCCUUCAACGUCAGCAUCCGCAGUGACCGUCGAGGAACCUGCAGAGGAACCCACCUGGUGUACGCCUGCGUGGGCUACUGUGAGUCCAGCGCCUUCCCGUCUAGGUACUCGGUGCUGGUGGCCUCCAACUUCACCCACAACGUGACAUCCACAUCGCGGUGCUGCACCAUCAGCAAGGAAGCCAAGGUCAAAGUUCGUUUGGAGUGCCCCGGAGGGCGCCACCACGAUGAGCUGGAGAUCCUGACGGCGAAGGCGUGUCGCUGCGACAUGUGCCGCAAGUCACGAUAG